AUGCCUCCCAAAAGCAACAGUGAAUGCAAGGUAGUGGCACAGUGGAUGCCAGUAGAAGAAGAGAAACUUGUCAAGUUUCUCCACUCCCAUUGUGCAGAGGCAACAGAUGGAACAGGGAAUUUCAAGCCACAAACGUACAACCACCUUCCUGCUGCUAAUGCAGCCUAUCGAAUGCCUGGGACUCCUGUGAAGACACCAUUGCAAUGCAAGAACAAGUGGAGGGCGGUAGGUCACACUUUUUUUGCCCAAUAUUUUCAAAGGUAUUGUACAUCUGGAAAACACUGGGACAAUGACAACAGUGCUGUGAUUGUUGGUACUGAUGCAGGGCAGGUCUGGGAUGAAUAUACAAAGACACACAAAUCUCUUCAUCCAUACAGGAAUUGGGGAUGGUUGCUGUUUGAUAUGAUAUCUGAGAUCAUGCCAAGUGGUGUUGCAAGCAGUCACCAUGCAUUUGAUGCCAGUGCUCCCAGUAUGUCUACCUGA